UUUUAUUUUCGGCCGAAAUACAAGCCCACCUACAAGUCACAAGACGAUCAACAGCUAGUUUAAAAAAACUGAUCAAGUUGUUUGUUAUCAUUGAAAUUCUUCAAUCAUUUAGAUAAAAAUGAAAAUAUUUUGUUUUUUAACAUCAUUGGCCUUUGUAAAUGUUUCAGCAUAUAAUAUGACGGCAUAUAAAAUGGAAGUUUUCCUUACAAACGCUCACAUCGAGCUCGCUUACGGAAUGAACAAUUGUAUUGUAGAAAAUAUGUACAUAACAAAUGGAUUGGAGCAUGUAAUUAAAACAAUUGUCUAUGAAAAUAGAUAUUACUUCGGAAUGAUGAAUAAUAUGAUCGCUGUACCGGAAUAUCUAUAUCAAGACGCCAUAAAUGUAUCUAUGGAAAUCCAAAGAACUAUGCAACGAGAAAUAGAAAUGCAAUUAAAAAUUAAUGUUCCUGAAAUUCCGGACGAAAUUACUUUUGCUGAUUUUGAAAAAUUAAAUUUGACACAACUUGGAGAAGAGAGAAGACGUUUUACUGGACAAGCUCUAAAAAGUUUAAUGAGCCAAGCGUUAGAUAUUGACAACUUGGCUAAUCUUUUAGAACAGAGAAAACUAAGUAGUACAGCAUCUUCAAAAAAUAGAAUCACCCGGGUAGUAGAUAGAUUUGUAUUUGAUGCCUCUUCUAUAUCGAUGUGUCGUUUUAUAGCAAUGUUCAUGAGUAUAAAAUUCCCAACAUCAUAUAUAAAAUCUCUUAUUGCCGCGUCUGAUAAUACUUGUAUCAUAGGGGAUGGAAUUACAGGAGACAAAAUAUAUAGAGAAAUUGAAGGUGAAUGGUGGCAAGUGGAAGGCGUAAAUGACAAUGAUAAUAAAGUACAACUACUUAAGAAACAGUUAUUGUAACUAAUAGUAGGAAUAAAAUGUAUAAUUCUUCUAAAUUACACUGUACUACUGUUAUUAUAUUAAAAUAAUAAUUUAUGCCUAA